AUGGGCAGCACAGGUCCUGACUCCAAGUCUUUUCCUGGUCCUGUUCCCCUCUCAAUCUGUCCUGUCUCUCCUCCUACUGUCCUAGAGGACGACUGUCACAACAGAACAGCGAGCCAGUCAGACCUCUGUCUGAGCCGCAGCGCUUACCUGGAGAAGUACCUGGGCCCUUGCCGUUCACCCUUCUUCCUGCCUACGUGCAUCACCUACCUGCUCAUCUUUGUGGUCGGCGUGCUGGGCAACAGCCUGACUUGUAUAGUCAUCGCCCGUCACCGUGUGAUGCGCACAACCACAAACUACUAUCUGUUCAGCUUGGCCAUUUCUGACCUCCUUGUGCUGUUGCUUGGUCUCCCGCUGGAGCUUUAUGAACUCUGGAGCAACUAUCCCUUUCUGUUUGGCGUUGCUGGCUGCUACUUCAAAACCUGCCUGUUCGAGACGGUCUGCUUUGCCUCUGUGCUCAACGUGACCGCCUUGAGCGCAGAGCGCUACAGAGCGGUGGUGCGUCCUCUGCACGCCAAACACAUGGUGACGCACGCUCAUGCCAAGCGCGUUAUCCUUGUGCUAUGGGCUGUCUCGCUGUUGUGUGCCUUGCCCAAUACCAGUCUGCAUGGCGUGGAGAUGUUAAAACCCCGUUUUGGACUCACUUUCCCCAAUUCGGGUGUGUGUAUCGUGGUGCAUGAUAGGUGGAUCUACAACUUGCUGGUGCAGGUGACAGCGCUGCUGUUCUUCAUCCUGCCGAUGCUGGCCAUCACUGUGCUGUAUGUGCUGAUCGGCCUGCAGCUGCAUCGAGAACGGGAGUGUUUUGAUUCAAAGAUUGGGCUCAAUCAGGAUGGGCAACCCAACUUUGGGUCAUCAUGGUGCUCCACCAGAGAGGACGACUGUCACAACAGAACAGCGAGCCAGUCAGACCUCUGUCUGAGCCGCAGCGCUUACCUGGAGAAGUACCUGGGCCCUUGCCGUUCACCCUUCUUCCUGCCUACGUGCAUCACCUACCUGCUCAUCUUUGUGGUCGGCGUGCUGGGCAACAGCCUGACUUGUAUAGUCAUCGCCCGUCACCGUGUGAUGCGCACAACCACAAACUACUAUCUGUUCAGCUUGGCCAUUUCUGACCUCCUUGUGCUGUUGCUUGGUCUCCCGCUGGAGCUUUAUGAACUCUGGAGCAACUAUCCCUUUCUGUUUGGCGUUGCUGGCUGCUACUUCAAAACCUGCCUGUUCGAGACGGUCUGCUUUGCCUCUGUGCUCAACGUGACCGCCUUGAGCGCAGAGCGCUACAGAGCGGUGGUGCGUCCUCUGCACGCCAAACACAUGGUGACGCACGCUCAUGCCAAGCGCGUUAUCCUUGUGCUAUGGGCUGUCUCGCUGUUGUGUGCCUUGCCCAAUACCAGUCUGCAUGGCGUGGAGAUGUUAAAACCCCGUUUUGGACUCACUUUCCCCAAUUCGGGUGUGUGUAUCGUGGUGCAUGAUAGGUGGAUCUACAACUUGCUGGUGCAGGUGACAGCGCUGCUGUUCUUCAUCCUGCCGAUGCUGGCCAUCACUGUGCUGUAUGUGCUGAUCGGCCUGCAGCUGCAUCGAGAACGGGAGUGUUUUGAUUCAAAGAUUGGGCUCAAUCAGGAUGGGGUAAAUCAGAGGGCACGCCAUCGGCAAGUCACAAAAAUGCUCUGUGCAUUGGUGAUUGUGUUUGGAAUCUGCUGGGCCCCGUUUCACAUCGAUCGUGUCAUGUGGAGCUACAUUGAUGACUGGACUGCAGAGAACCACCAUGUCUUUGAGUACGUGCAUCUUCUUUCUGGUGUCUUCUUCUACUUGAGCUCAGUGGUCAAUCCCAUCCUGUAUAACCUCAUGUCUUCACGCUUCAGAGAAAUGUUCCGUGAGGUGGUGUGUCAAAAAGACCAUCGUCAGCUCUCAAUAAGUAAGGUCACAUUACGUAGUGUUGUAUCUGCCUCUUUUUCUGCCUCCAACUCUGUCUCUUUUUCUGUCAAAUUCAACCCUCGUGGGCUGCCACACACUCUCUAGAGUAUUCUGCUCAAGUUAUUUUAUGCAAAUACUAUAUCACUCAUAGUUGCGUUGUCAAAGUAUUCAAUACUGUAUAUACAGUUAAGUUAAUGAGUGCUCACGUAAUACUGC